GCGUUCGAAGGAAAUGCGGCCAUGUUGAGUAGGACUUUAACAAAGCUACAGGAAGGUUGGAAACAUCAGUUUGUUGGUUUUAACACCUUUUACCAUCAAGAAAGGACGUCAUGGCAGAGCCGGCAACAGAAAAACAAACGGAAAACCGCAAACCUGUGCCGAAAAAACCAGUUAUAGCUGAAAAGGUCACUGGUAUUGUAAAAUGGUUUAACGUCAAGUGCGGUUACGGCUUUAUCAAUAGAAAUGACACGAAAGAGGACGUAUUUGUUCAUCAGACGGCAGUCAUUAAAAACAAUCCGAGAAAAGCGGUGCGCAGUGUUGGUGACGGCGAAGUUGUCGAAUUUGAUGUUGUCGAAGGCGAAAAAGGACACGAAGCGGCCAACGUUACAGGACCGAACGGCGAACCAGUAAAAGGAUCGCCCUACGCUGCGGACAAACGACGUGGUAAUUAUAGAAGCUGGUUUUACCGCCCAAGUACUAGAAUCCCCCCUAACCAAAGAAGACCUCCAGCAGCUCCUAGAGAAGUUGAAUACGACGGUUAUGAGAACAGGGGAGAAGAGCGAGGAGAUGCUGGCAGCCGCCCUCCUCCGCAACGUUUCCGCAGACGUAAUUAUCAGCCGAAUUAUUAUCGUAACGGUGGCGGAUUCAACAGCUAUAAUCCUGGACGCCCUCGUCGCCCAUUCCCUCCCCCCGCACCUCGCAAUGAAGAAGGCAACGUAAGCGAGGGAGAUGAAUAUGCCGGUAUGGCACCACCUCCCUUCCGUGGCCGUGGAGGACCAUCUCGUGGAUUUUUCAAUAACAGAAGGAAUUUCCGUAGAGGAUUCCGGCAAAUGCCAAGACGUCCGAUAUCGGAAUAUCAGGGUGAUGGCAACGAAGGAGGAGAUAUGGAAUCGAGACGACCACGUUAUCGUCGUUUUAAUCCGCGUGGCGGAAGAUCAGAUCGCCUUCCACGAAGCGUCAGCAGUGGAAAAAAACAGGAAUCGCAAGAAGGAAAUGCUGAAAGCAACACUGAAAGUAGCUCUUAAAUAAGAAUAUCAAGAUGCAGCUUUGUAUUAUUUACUUUACUUUUUUCUCUUUUUUAAACAGAAUCAUUUCCCAUCAUUCUGUAUUUAAUGCUUUGUUUUACUUAAUUUAUUUUCGUUUAGUUUAAGAAAUACUAUUUAUUUGCGAAGCUAGUUUGAUUUUUUCCUUCUGCUUUUUCUCUUCUUUCCGGCUAUGGUCAUCAAGAAGGUUACUUUUUAUUUACGCUAAUAAAAUCCAACAAAAAAAAAAAAAAAGAGUACUUCAGUUGAAAAUCAACAUUGUGUGCUUUUUUUCGUUUUUCUCUUCCCUGUUUAUUUAUUAUUUUUUCCUUGUAUUACAUCAAGUCGAAUAUAAUGUAAAAUGAAAAGAAGUCAUGAAUCUUUAUCUCUAUUUUUGCUGCAAAAGCGAUUAUAUUUUUAUAAUGGAAAUUUAUCCGAUGAUUAUAAUAUUCAGCCUUCUAUUGAUUUACAACUUAAUUUUGUAAUUGAUUUUUAAAAUCGAUAAAUAGGAUUUAUCUCAUUUUUGACAGACUUUAACAUGUGCAUAUAUAACAACAUAAAUUAUGUAGGUAUCCUUUGCAUCCUCUUUGUGAAAACAGUAUUUUUGAUUAACGUAAUCGCGUAACGAACUACAUAUCAGGAUAUUUAUUGUAUCGGUAGAUGAAAUUAUACUGUAAUGAUCUUGUAUACUGAACUCUGAUAAUCGAAAUUGUUCUAUUUUCUAAACAAUGAAUAUUUCAUCAAAUUUGUUGAUAAUUUUUUUCCGAGCACUUAAUGUGUAUAACUAUAAUAUGCAGAUGUAAAUGAAUAAAUGGCGCUUGUUUUCAUAAAUGUAAUCUGUUUGCCGACGAAGUUUUUUAUCAUUGAGAAAUUUCGUGGUGUUCGUGAAAAAUUGUAACUUAUUUGUUAAAUUAUUUUCUAUUUUUUAUAUUUUGAAAAUUUUCUACCAAAUUUGUGAGCAAACGUUUACAUUCUAUUGGACAAGUAGCAAUAAAAAUUUGUUUACUUUUA